GUUUUGGGAAUCAAACAAUGAAAGGUGUAGGGUAGUUAAGUUGCCUCUAAGCCUAAUACAAAAUGCAGUUCAGGUUCUGUUGCACUUGUGAAGAUGACAAAACAUCCAAAUCUGUCGAAAGCACAGAAAACACUGCCCGAAGUAAUGAACCUCGAAACUCUGUUCCACAGACGAUAUCGACACCACCAAAGGUAAUAACUCAACAACCCAAACAUGUGGUGGAACCAAUCCAAUUGGACAGAAUCACCGAGGUAUCAGUUGAAGAAUCUUCUGUUCAGGCACUUGAAGAAGCACAUCCACUACCAGCACCACCGACUAGACAACCGCUCCGUCAAGCUCUAUCACCAAUUCAAGAUCAAGCAAUUCAAAAUCCGUCCAUUCAAGAACCAAACACAAUAGCCAUCAUAGAAGAAAAUGAUACUCCAAAGCCAUCCUCUCAAAAAGUAGAAGAAUUAUACGAUAGAUUCUUCAAUUUACUCCAGACCGAAAGAGCAAACGAGCAAUCCAAUCCUCAACCAGUCGCACAAUUACCGAACAUUACUGCUGAAACAAUGAUUGGCAACGAAAAAUUGUUCUUAGCUCAAGUUGCGCCCGAUUUAUAUCGUUGCAACUUUAAACGUUCUGUGUUUUAUAUACUUGAAGGGAAUAUUUAUGAUACCAACUCAAUUCUAGAUGAAUCCGAUAAGGAAGCUAUUAAAGUAGUUUACAAAAGGAUCAUGGAAGGUAUGAAAUUGGGUGCUAGAGAAUUAGCAGGUGGUGUAAAUGCCCUGAAGGGUCAAGAAGUGUGGAAUCCACCAGCUGGAUCAUCAAUUAAUACCGACUAUGUUACACGAAGUGGUGAGAAGACUAAAAUGACUUUUAGGGCUAUUGGAAAAGGUCAUUUUCGAAGCACUUAUGAAGGCAAAGAGUUUACCAUUUUGAACGGACAGCUUGUGGAAAAUGAUGGUCGGUUUGACGUCCAAGAUAUUGAACUCAUUAUGCAAACCUAUAGAAAUACUAUCAGUGGGAUGCAAGAGGGUUUGCGGAACAUGGAACAAGGUAUGAGAUCAGUUCAAGGAGAAGCGGUAAGGAGUGUCCCUGUCGAAGGCAGUACUGCAGAGUAUGGUAGUACAACAAGAGGGGAAGCUCUAACUCAGGCUGGAACACUGGCGACUGGUUGUGAGACUUUAAAAAGAAUGCGGUCUUUGAACCAAGGUAAACGAAUAAGUCUUCUCGACGGAGUAUUAAUGAACGAACCUCAAAAACAGGUGGUAGACAUCACUGCUGAAAUUUCGAAAAUCCCCAAAUACUUUGACGAUGUUGAUGGAGGUAAAUUAGCUGAACCAGUUCUUCAAAAGACCACGUUCACUCCUCAAGCAAUAACCUACGACGAUCCCAAGACUUAUGAAGAACAAGACAAAAAUGAACUCCCUUCUGUCAAGCCACAGGAUGAGUACAUCAUAUCGAUGGAUGAAAACUUUAACUCAGAAAACCGAUAUCACUUUCAUCAAGCAAGACCCAGGCGGGUUGUUCGGGCCAAACUCAAUCCAAAGGAAAAAUUUCGACUUGCCAGCCCUGAAAGGUAUACCCUUUUCGAGGAGAAAUGUUUGAGGUUACACAAUCAAUAUCGAAAGAUGCAUGGAGUUCCGCCUCUGGUUCAUAAUGAGUUUUUAGCUCAAGUUGCUAAAGAAUGGGCAGAGCACCUAGCUCUAAAGGAUGCUUUCUAUCACAGACCAGACAAUGAAUAUGGAGAGAAUCUGUACUAUACAGAGGGUAUGUCAUGCAGUGCUAAAAUGGCAGUCAAAUCUUGGUAUGAUGAAAUUGAUCUAUACGACUAUAACAAUCCAAAGUUUUCAAGGGAGGUGGGACAUUUUACACAGCUUGUAUGGAAAGAUACCAGAGAAGUUGGUACUGGAGUUGCACAAAUUGGCAAUAAGGUGUGGGUUUGUUGUAACUAUCAUCCUCCAGGAAACCACUUGGAUAAAAUGAACGAUGAAUUUGUACCACGUCUUCUAAUGAAACGUUACAAGUAAAAUGAAUGAUAACGAUGAUAAUAAUGAUGAAAUGUGAACACACCUUUAAGUUUUUGCCGUCCAAUUGCGAAUGUUUAAAAGAUAAUUAUAUCUAAGUAAUUGUAUGAGAUGAAAAUAAAGUUAAAUGAAGUAUACAUA